AUGGCAGACCUACCAGAAGAUCGCCUAUCUAUGGAACCUCCCUUCACAAAUGUGGGGCUCGACGUUUUUGGGCCUUGGCCCAUUACUUCACGUUGGACCAGAGGAGGCUUCGCCCACAGCAAGCGGUGGGCCACCAUAUUUACAUGCAUGACCACAAGAGCAGUUCACAUCGAGAUCUUGGAGUCACUCAAUACAUCAAGCCUGAUAAAUGCUCUCAGACGCUUCUUUUCCAUCCGGGGUCCUGCAAAACUUAUCCGUUCUGACCAAGGCUCCAAUUUUGUCGGAGCCAGAAAUGAACUCAGAAACAAUUCCACCCUAGAUGCAAGUGCGGUGAGUAAACACCUCUCUGACUACGGUUGUACCUGGUUAUUCAACCCUCCGCAUGCAUCACACAUGGGUGGAGCGUGGGAAAGAAUGAUAGGUAUAGCCAAGAGAAUUCUCAAUUCCAUGUUGCUGCAACAUGGAAGUACCAAACUAACCCAUGAAGUACUCACCACCUUUCUGGCUGAGGUAGCUGCCAUUGUUAAUAACAGACCACUUGUCCCAGUAUCCACAGACCCAGAGGACCCAGUUCUGCUAACACCUUCAACACUCCUCACCCAAAAGAUUGGCUCUGUUCCUGCACCGACAGGUGACUUCACCACAAAGGACGUUUCUAGACGACAAUGGAGGCAUGUUCAACAUCUUGCGCAGACGUUUUGGAACUGGUGGAAGGGCCAGUACCUCCCUCUUUUGCAGGCCCGAAGCAAAUGGACUUCCAGCAUUCCAAACCUGAAACCUAGCAGCGUGGUUCUUUUGAAAGACCAGGAUUCAAAGAGAAACGAAUGGCCCUUGGGACUGAUUACCCGUGUCAUUCCUAGCUGA